UUACAAAUUGUAACCAUGACCUAAUUAACCGUACAAUUGAAUGAAUAUUUCAUUUGCAUUAAUGUUACAUUAUGCUUUUUCAUAUAGUUUCUAUAGACACCAACCAGAACGAAACAAAAUAAGGCAAAAAGUAAAAAACCGUACCAAAGACACUAGGCACCAUAUAUACUUGAUAGAUAAUUCAUUCCAUACGUCUCAUGCAUAAAUCUCUCUUUCUUCCUUUCUCUCUCCCUUUUCCUCUCUCGCACUCUCGCAAGCAAUAAUGCCAAACAGUGGAUCUGAGCGGGCUGCGCCAGUGAUAAGGCAAGACACAGCCACCUUCUCCAGCAAGCUAUCGUCGACUAAACAACGCUUUUCGUCGGAGACAGCGGCAGCAUCAGCUUGUCCUUCCUUUAGAAUUUACUACUACGACGGAGCCGUCGGUUCCGUCCCAUUCGAAUGGGAAUCUCAUCCUGGCACACCCAAACACCCCUCAUCUGAGCUAGCUGCUCUGCCACCUCUCACUCCUCCGCCGUCCCACUUCUCCUUCUCCGGAGACCAAAUGAGCCGCGGUUCGAAAAAGUCCACCAAGAAAAUUCUGGCACUAAUCCCGACAAGGCUCUUCUGGCAGUCGGGCGAGCAUAACAGCAAGGUGAAGAAACUGUCGGCAUGGUCACCACCAUCAAUGUCGGAGAGGGUGUUGAUAGAUGAGAAUGAUUACGAUCGGUUCAAGAUUCAGACAGAAAGGAAGGCCAUGCGAAGAUUCACAUCUUUCGACUCUUCUGCUGCUGAUCACUACCCCAUUCGUAGAUCACAAUCCACCAAUUGCUUCGGAAUCCGCAGAUGUUUCAACUCAUAAUUUCCGGUUGUAAACUUGGAAAAUAAAACGUGGAAAUUUUUACAAACUCUUUUUUUUUUUUUUUUCUUUAAUAUAUAUUUUGUGUUCCAUAUAUCGUAUUAUUAAUAUUGAAAUAUUUAAUCUAAGUUGUGUCGGUAAUGCGACUCCAAA